AUGUGUGCCAUCAAGAGAGCUGCAGGGGAUGAUUUCCAGUAUCCAUGCAACCGUGAGCUAACUGUGAUGGCUAAGCGGCUCAUUGAGUACUACCCAAUGCUGCGGGACAGGUCUGCAGCCGUUGGAGCUGAGUGGGAAUCUGUGAAGAAGCAGCUUUUAAAAAGGGUCCAGAAUGUGAUACCCGUCAAAAAGAAGCAGGGAGCAACUCCUUCGAGAAAGAGGCGAUUGGACAUUAGCUUUGAGAGCAGCAGCCAGCCAGAGUCAUCCGCUGAUGACACUGAGUCCUGUGCUUCAACUGUAAUCUUGGAUCUAAGCUCACCACAGUCGACAAGCAGUUCCUCAGAGUGUGAACAAGUGGAUGGAGGGCCUAAAACUACUGACAGCCCACAGAACCAGGCAAGGCACUACAAAGUUCUGCAGGAGCUCUACAAAUCCAGGCCCAGACCCAACAAGAAGGAUGUUGCCCAGCUCUUGGACCUUGAAUACCAAGCAAGACGGGCUUACAUUGACUCUGAUGUGAUGAAAGAGCAGGACAGACCUACCAAAAUUCUUCAAGCAUAUCCCUGCUUCAGAGAAGUGGAUCAUAUAUUGGAUGAACUGCAGAGGAUCCUCAAUCAAGGAAACUCCCACUUCAUACCUGAGCUUAAGAACCGCUGGGGGACCUUUUGUGAGAAGGCCCAGUUUUAUGGAGUUUACAAAAAAGUCAUGAGGCCUCCGUUGUCAGAUAAAGUAAAGCAAAACAUUGCCAUGAUGAAGGCUUUGCCGGACAUGUUCCCAUCACCGUUUGCGCCACCCAAGAAGCUAGGACAUGCAAGUGAGGGUAUGCUUCACAUCCUUGAGUCAGUGGAAGACCCCAACACCUUCCUCCAGGCAAGACCACUCCUCAGCCCUGUCGUGAUUGUGUGCGAGACAAACUGUAUCCUGGCCAUCGGCACCAUGCCUGUGCUCAUCUUCCCCAAAGACGACAUCGCUGACAACAGAGGUACUGAUUGA